GGCUUGAAGCUCGCUACGGAAGGAUCAAUGUGCGUUCGUCCUUUUCGAGUCGCGAAGAGAGCUUAAAAACGGAGUGCGCGUAACGAAAUGCAGUGAUAUUUAAACUAGUGCCUAAUUCACAAGCCAACCGCCAAGAGUGAAACAUUUUUUGCAAGUAAAUCCAAUCAACUCAUAUUCGAAAACAAAAUAAAACAGAUGCAAACAGUGUGUCGUGGAUAUAUCUAAAAAGUAACAUCCUACAUUACAUAAUUGUGCACACUGUGGCGUAAUUAAUUUUAAACAUUCUAAUGAGUAUCGAUUCUGGGUGCGAGAUGUGAAAACUCAUUUCAUUUUCCAUGAAUGGGUCAUGGAGGUCAUCACAGUCGGCGCGCCAACGCUUAACGUAUUUCGAUCCAUUGUAUGCAUAACCACACCGAAAUGACCAACACACUGACCAGCCAACCAAUACACAGCCAUUAAUAGGGCGUCAUUUAUUACAUAUCGAAUGUGGAACUCAUUCCCAAUUCGAUUCCCAUAACCGUAACCAUCCCCAUAUCCAUUCCCAGCUAACUAGCCAGCCCCGUGGCAUGUGUUCUUGAAAUCCACUAAUUUAGUUUGUUAUUAGUAUUAUUUGUUGACUCCACCGCUGCCGCCUGCAUUAGUUGAUUAAAGAUGGACUCGAGAUGUUAGCCCAAAACAGGCAGCAUUUCUAAUCAAUGGUACUUUUCAAUUAUGCACUGAUCCUUUGAUGCCCUAAAAAUACCACUUAACAGAGAUAAGUGCAAAACAAAGGCGAGUGUAGUGUGUGUGUGUGUAUGCCAUAUAGAAGCCAAGGCCCGCGAGGAUUAAGCCAUCAGCCGCGAAAGGAGAGGUCCUUUAAGCCAAAUGCGACGGCGGCGUGUUGGCCGUAUUUUGGCCAUGUGAAAGCGGAGCGGACUGCACAGCUGACGGUACUAGCUGCGUUUUGGCCAGCGGCCAGUGCGAGUGCUCCACUUUCGAUACGGUGCUCGCGGAGAACUUCACCCAAUGCCUGGCCACGUCCCUCAUUGGUGAAAAGUGCGACGACAGCGUCCAGUGCAAUCUUAUGCCAACGGGGGCCAGUUGUAAAGCCGGGGUCUGCGAUUGCGCCGAUGGCAAGAACUAUCUGCGUGGCAAGUGUCGCCCACUGAACGGACUCGGCGAGUCCUGCGAAACGGACUUGGACUGCUAUUUUGGCUACGAUCGUGCGUCUGUGAGUUGUCAGCAAAACGUGUGCGGCUGUGCAAAUGGCUUUUAUAACAGAUAUGGAAACAUCUGCCGUCGCAAAUCAAUGGAAGAAAACGAUGCCUGCGUCGUCAACGAGGACUGUGAUGCACUGGGCUCCGGUGCCGAGUGCAUUGGCCUAGUAUGCACCUAUGUGGACGAGAUCACAACGACUCCGGGUGGCGGGGCCGAGGAUACGGAGACGACCAAUCCGGGCUCGCCAGAGGAUGAUUCUACUACAGCGGAGGCGAUCACCGAGAACGCCGAGCUUGAACAGGAACGGGAGACGCCCUUCAGGAGCCGAAGGCAGCUAACCAAGGCCUUUGUACACGCACCCCCGCCCUCUCACAGCGAUGCCGCCGCCCAGGUGUCCUUCGCCCAGCUCACAAAUGGCGACGCCGAGCCCCUCAUUUCGCCCCGAUCCCACGAGAUUGCUGUCCAGACGAGCAUCGAGAAGUACGAGCUGAGGGAGGUGGGACGCAGUGUGCGCAAUGCGGCCACCACCACCACAGCCACCGCCUCCACGAGCACCAGUAGCAGGCGCAACUCCAGCCGCAACCAGAGCCACGCCCACGGCCACCGCCGCCGCUUGCCCGCCCUCUUCCGCUUCGAUGACGAGGACAUCAAGACCUACUCCACGCUGGGCUCCAGCCGCGAUGACGACGAUGCCGAUGAGAAGAAGUAUGGCAGCAGCUGCACGGAUAAUGGAAAGGCAUGCUCGGGUCUGCCGCACUCGAUUUGCUCCAAAAAUAUUUGCCUAUGUCGCCAGGGUUACUAUGCCCGCAAUGGCAAAUGUUUUGCCGAGUUGGGGGAAAUUGCGGAGAGCACGGAUGAGUGCGAGUACGAGUUCGAUGACGUGACCAAAACUUGCAAUUGCCAAAAGAAUUAUUUCUACGAGCGGGAUCUGCGCAACUGCAGAAAACCCAUUCAAUACCACUUGUCCUGCACCUCGAACAGCCAGUGCAGCCCAUUCGGAGCCUCCUAUUGCCAUCCGGAGAUCCCGAGGAGGUGCACCUGCGAGGAGUACGCCCUGUACGAUGCCAUCAAGCAGCUGUGCGAGUACAAACACGGCCUGGGUGCCGAGUGCGAUUCCAACGAUGCCUGCCCAGUGGAUAACUCCGUCUGCUCCAACCGGGUGUGCGUUUGUGCGGAUGGCUACUUCGAGAAGGAUGAACUGUGCCUGCGGGGCAUCGGUGCCGACUGCUCGGUGGAGGAUGACUGCAUAGUUGAGAACACCGUAUGCCGGGAUAAGGACGAGGAGGAUCAGUCGCGCACCUGCCAGUGCCGCAAGGGAUAUGUGCACUUCAAGGAUCAGUGUCUAAAAGAAGCCGAGGAGCUGGAGGACGAGUGCGUCGAGGAUGAGCAGUGCAAGCCCCUCCUGGCAAGCUGCAAUGCGGAGGGCAAGUGUGGAUGCAACGAUGAGCAGCACGAGAAGUAUGGAGUCUGUGAGACGAAGCGAGAGCUGGGAGAGUCGUGCACCAAGGCCACAGACUGCUAUAUAGAGAAGGAUCCAGAGAACGUGGAGUGCCGCAACUCCGUGUGUCAGUGCAAACUUGGCUACUCGGCGAACGCCAAUCAGAAUCAGUGCAUUCGUGUGAUGCCCAAUAAGAAAAAUUCUUCCGGUAGACCCAGUGCUCUCAAAAUCAUCACCUUCAUGCUGAUUGGCUCCGCUUUCCUCAUCACCAGUGCGGCCAUAAAGCAGGCCUACUACUAAAACCGAAGCCAUUUACAUUUACAUCGAGGAUAAUCGGCUGGUCAAGGUCCUAGGGGGGGUAAUUGGGGAUCGGAGGAAGUGGCGGUGGAAGGGGCCAGUAUUAGCCAAGUUAAUGGCAUGGAUGCAGGUCCAUGCCCAACGUGAAUAUAAAUCAAUUAGUCCGUAAGCUGAUAUUUAGGAGUGGAAGCAAUAUUUGGAGAAGGGUCCUAGGAACGACUCUCGCCUAUCUAAUACGGCUAAAUGUAAUGACAAAUUAUCUCUAAGUUUGAAGUUGAACCGCUUGUUGAUAGGCUAAGCGAACAGUUUUUAACCAAAUUGUAAUAUACAUCAUAAUAAACUAAGGCCAACGAAGAGUUGUGUAUCAAAUC